AAAGAAAAGGACCGGAGGCCAAGCGAGAAGCAAUCUCCUCCCCCGGCCAGCCGACCGACCCAUGGACCGCCGUCCGCCGCUCGCCGUGUCCCCGCGCCGCCUCCGCCCGCGUCCGCACCGGGUGCCCCGCCCGCCCCUCGUGCCGGCCUCCUCCGUGCAAACGCCUCCAGGAUCGAUGAAAAAGGCGGCGGCGGCGGCGGCGGUGGCCCCGAUGCGCGCGUCCGUCUGCGCGAUCCCGUCGCCGGUCCGCUUCGAGCCCAGCCCGAUGCGCGCCUCCAUCUCCGCGCUCCCGUCGCCGAUCCGCGCCGCCGAGCCGAGCCCGAUGCGCGCGUGCAUGGCCUCCAGGCUCCAGCCCCCAAGGCGCGUCAAGCUCGACCUGCCCCCGAUGGCGAGGGCGGCCGAGAAGGAGAACCUCCUCCCCGCCGCGGCGCCGUCGACGACACCCCCGGCGGCGAGAGGGGCGGGGUUUGAGAAGGAGAACAUCCUCCUCCCGGCCGGCGCGGACGCCCACGACGAGCUGGUGGCGCUCAACCUCGCCGCGAUAGCCGCGGGCACGCCGGCUGGUGGCCCGCUCUUCGUGCGCGGCAGGCUCUACGACGCCUACUCGGCCCGCCGCAACGAGCGGCUCAAGCGCAAGCAGGGUUUUCCCUACUACUCCGAGGAGUUCGCGCCCGCGGCUUCGGUGGACCCCGAGGCGAUCGCCGAGGACCCCUUUGUCGCCGUCCAGCUAUCCAAGCGCCGCGUCGCCAAGAAAGCCUACACCGCAAGCGGCGCCGAGUCCGUGAGGAGGUCUGCGCCAGCCAUCGACUUCGCGGCGGGCCGUGGCGGAGGCUUGGGGCCGAGGUCCUCCCUCAGGAGCAGUAAGGAAAUGAAGAAGCCUUCCGCCGCAUCCGGCACUGUUUCCGUGGCUAUCAAAGAGAGGAGGGUUAACCCCAGGUCGUCGGCUCGCCGGUUCUGAGGGCAGUUUUCUGAAUUUGGUGGUCGGAAUUAUAAGUGGGUUCAAUCAUAUGUCGAUCUAACAUUUUGCAUAUAUCCUUGUGGGCAGUUUUCUGUAUUUGGUGCUUGGAAUUAUUAUCAUGCUCUUCUGUGGUUCACAGUUUCACAGUACUAGUGUAGCAUGCUUGACUGCUUGUCAAUUGGCAUAAUUUAUGCUGAAUAGGUGGGAUGAACUCUAUUGGCAAAUUCAGAGCCUUGUUUUAUGCUUCCAAUUGUGAUAUAUUGUUAGUUUGAUGCAA